UAGAUAACACAGUAAUCUAAAUCAAAUUGACACUUUGUCCAUCUAUUUUCUAUUUGUUUAUUUAUUCAUUUUCAAAAUUAAGUUUUAUAUUUUAUUAGCCUAAUUACAAUCUAAAAAUUGAAUUGAAAAGCCUAAAUUAAUAAUAUUAAGAUAACCAAUGUAUUAAUAUUGACACGAAAAGGCUAGUAGAUCAAAAUCAUUAAAUUUUAUAAUCCGCUACAAAUAUAUAAUUUUGUAAGUAAGUUAUUUCUCAAUAAUAUUGCAGCUUAAAAUAUUACCUAUGAAAGGAUUUAGUCCUUGCAGUUGUGAGACAUCGAAAUUUGUACCAAUUAACAUGAGAACAUUAGACAAAGAGAACCGUAAGUCCAUGAACGCUAAUGUCACAAGAGAGAUGGUUAAUGAGGAAGAGUCUACUAGCAACUGGCGUCGGAAGUGCGGCUGUAUCAGAACCAGUGAUAAACUAAAACAGAUAUUGAAAACAUUCCCGUCCCCGCCUCCGCCAACUCCGGAUAAUAUUACACCGGAUGCCGCUUUGCAGUUUCCCAACACGUGUAUAUCCGCGUACUGUGCUCACAUGCACCAGCCUGCGAUAUUCACGACUGAUGGAACAGAUGCAAGAAGCGAAGUUUCUACAGAAGUUACCAAGAAGCAGAUGGUAACAGACAGGUCGUGGCACUUGGUGGCUGACCUAGUGCAGUUGAUCCAGCUGUCGGUGACGGCGACUGCACUCGCCUUGUACUACCUCAUCUAUUGUUACAUGCAGCUCGUCUACUACACCUUGAGAAGUGCUCUGUACUUCCACCAUGCUGACGGUCCAAUGAAAAUAACAAUUGGAGUUGUGACUCUAACGUCGUUAGUGGUCGGCUUUAAUUUGAUAUUGCGUAUGGAGAAGCUCAUCGAAGUAUUCUUCUAAUUUUGGUUGUAUAAAAUUACCAAAUAGUUAUCAGGUUGUGUCUAGAAUUCGGCGCAACAAAUCGAUGCGGCCCGACGCGCCGUUAUUUGUUACUUCAAAUUACAAAGGUAUUUCGUGAAAGGUUUGCGAGAAAAUUUAUGUCAAUAAAAUAUUUUUGUGCAAAUAAAUUUAGUACAGUAGAAA